GUCACGCCAGGACCCUUAAAAGGGGUGCGGGCGGCGGCAUUAGUGGGAGCUGAGCGGUGCGAGGCGAUGCGGGCGAGGAUGACCGUGGGGCAGCGCUUGGGCCGGGGCCGUGGGGAGCCGGGGACGCCUAGGAAGGCUUCCAGGAGGAAGUGCGUCCUUGUCGACCACCACACCUGAGAGCAGCGCGGCACUGGCCCGGAGGUGACCAUGGCAGCGGAGGGGCUGCCUGCAGGGGGACCCACUGGUGCCCUGCCCAGCUGGGAGCUGGAAGCCUGGUACCAGGACCUGCAGGAGGUGCUGGCAGCAGCAGAGCCCAGCGGGCCCUCCCCACCCUGGGGGGCUGAGCAGGCAGAGCUUGCUCCACUGUGGGACACAGAGGGGGCUGGCAGUGGCCCAGAGGGCUGCAACCCAGAUGCUGCCCUGACUGCUGAGCUGCUGGGACCAGAGCACACAUCUGGCACGGAGCCAGCGGGAGUGCUGGGCUCUGCCUCUAGCUGGAGCUCCCCACCCCAGCUGGGCACAGAAGAGAAUGAGGCGGGGGCAGCUGCAGGGCGUGGGGUGAAGAGGAAGAGGUGCAGUGGCAUGGUGGCAAGCAGGGACUUGGCCAAGCGCCGGGAGUGGGCGAAUGAGCAGCGGGUGCUGGAGCUGACAGCCCGCAACGAGCAGCUCCGGGAAGAGAUCCGGCAGCUCAGUGCAGAGGUGGAGCGCACACGGGCAGCCCUCAUUGACCGCAUUGUGAACCUCCGCUGUGCUUAGGCACCAACGCUGCCCUGCAGUCUGUGGGGCAAGGACUCUGCUGCCCCUGUGGACCGGGGGGUGGACAUGAACUGGAGGGGCACUGCCCCGCUGGCAUAGACUGAUGCCAUAGGGAGGGCACCACUUCCAUAUGCAAUUGUACAGUUUUUGCAUUUUAUUACAUGCAUGUAACCACCA